AUGGCCCUGCGCAUCGGGAACACUAUUCGUGGAAGAAAAUACUCAUAUCGUCUGAUUGAAAAGCUUGGCGACAAGACGAUCUUCAGCCCUGUUUUCAAGGCCGAGCUCUUGCCUGGCGUUCAAUAUCUUCUUCCAAAGAGUCUAUGGCACGUCUAA